AUGUGCCAAAAUAUCGCCAGCCGUUCCGAUCUCAGCACCAAAAUGAACGACCCGUCCUUACAAUGCGAAGCGUUGGCUGAUAUGUUAAAUGGGUUUGACAUCAAUGGCAAUACAUCCACACCAGCGAUGCAGAUAUCGCAACAAAUGGACCGAAGAGUGGAAGAGUUGACGACCGAAGCGCUGAUCGAACGGAACAAGUCUUGGGAGGGAUUGCAGACCAAAGCCGACCAACAGAAGAGUCGGGGCUUCAUCUACGGCCUGUCCAUCGGUGCCAUCAUUUGUCCCUUUUGUCGCACUAAUUAUCUCCAAUCAAACGGACACCUCUUGGGCUGUAUGUCGUGCGGAUCGCGUGUCGAGACUCGCCUUUCCAUCGAUGAGAUCACCCGAAGAAUGAAAGAAGUGAUCCAAAAGCAUGCGAUGAGUGGUUGCAAAGACCAGUUCCCGCAGAUAAGUGUCUUGCAGUCCAAACUGACGGUCUAUUGUGAUACCUGUCCCCUGGUCUAUAUGGCCUUAUAAACACAUUACUUAACAUUUAAUAUUAAAACACUGAUUAUUAGUAUUAUUUAACAAUUUAAUUAACACACUGUUGAUUAGUAUUAUUUAUAGAUUUUGAUAACUUUAACAUUUAAAUUAUUAUUUUUUGAUUUAC